AUGGAGAAUAAAGAAAAUAAUUUGUCAGAUGCAAACUAUUUGCAUGAACUUUCAAAAGAUGAUAUUCUAAAUUUGGAGUUUGAUGAUUUAGAAGAUGUUUAUAAAUUUUAUAAAGCGUAUGCUUGUGCAAUGGGCUUUGGUGUUCGUAAAGGUAGUUGUAGGCGAAACAAAGAUGGAAUUGAAGUUAUGAAGCAUUUUGCUUGUUCGAAGGAAGGACAUAGGGCUGAAAAAUGGGAAAAGCUAGAGAACCGGGUGCGAGAGCCUAAAAGGUCAUCUAGAACAGAUUGCAAGGCUAACAUUCGGGUCAUUCUAAACAAAGAUACAGGAAAAUGGUAUGUUUCACAUUGUGAACUUGAACAUAAUCAUCAGAUGGUAAAUCCCGCUCAAAUAUGUUUAAUUCGUUCGAAUAGGCAAAUUAAAGUAGCCGAUGUCUGUGAAGCAAAAGCUGUGAAAGUUGCAGGGGGCAUUCAAAAUGUUGGUUUUACUCGUAAAGAUUUUUAUAAUCGUAUGGCAACCGAAAGACAUGUUGAAGUCAAUGAUGGUGAUGUUCAAGCGACGCUGUUAUAUUUUGGAGUGAAAAAAGAAAUAGAUAAUGGCUUCUACAUGAAGCAUACGACUUAUGAUGAUAACAAAUUGAAGAAUUUAUUUAGGGCUGAUUCGAUAUCAAGAUCAGAUUAUGCUUGUUUCGGUGAUGUUUUGGCAUUUGACACAACUUAUAAGAAAAACACAUUUAAUUUGCCUCUUUUGGUUUUCAUUGGUGUGAACCGUCAUCAUAUGACCACCAUUUUUGCAUUAACAUUGCUCACAAAUGAAGAUGCUGAAAGCUAUAUUUGGGCUUUGACCACAUUUUUAGAAUGUAUGAUGAAUAAAAAGCCAAUAUCUGUGGUUACUGAUGGAGACCGAGCUAUGAGAAAGGCAUUGAAAAUGGUGUUCCCUGGAGUAUGA